UGCAUUGUGUUUGAAAUAUAUAUUUUAUUUGCUGCCUUUGAUAGGAUGAAGUUGAUUAAAAGAUAGAAACAUUGCAAGGCUAAAUAGUAAAUUUAUACGCGUAUUAUGAUUAAACCGCCGGACUGUAUUAACGUUCAACACUUUUGAAUAGUUGGAAUGCAAAAGAAUAAUGUGUCUCAGUGAUUAAAAUACCAUCAAAUUAAAUUACAACUAUAAUGAUACUAUUCAAUGUCAAUCAUAUUUUGCUAUUCUUAUUUUGUUCUCAAACUGUUUUUGGUUUUACAUAUUUAAGUAAGGAUGGCGUAGAACUACAAUAUUCUACCAAGUUUAAACGUGAAUGCCGAGGAGAAAUGGACAUAAUAGUCACUUUAGAAAGUAUUGCACUCCCGGAAUGUGUUAUGGAAUGUGGAAUGAGGCCGGACUGUGAAGCUUUGAGCUACAUGAAAUUUUUCAAGAAAUGCAAUCUAUACUCUUCAGACGGACACGAAAGUGAUAGAAUUAAAGGAAGUUGUGUGGAGAUUCGGGUAGCGGAUAUUAUUGUCAAAAGGAAACCUUGUCCAGAGUGUACUUCUGGUCAGAGAUGUAAUCCUGCAAAAGGGAAAUGUGAAAUCACAGAGUGUCCUGUCAAAGAUCUGGAAUAUGGUAUUGUCAGUGGAAACAUAAGAACAGUUGGGAAUCGUAUGCAAUUUACAUGUAACGAUGGAAACACGAUUAUUGAUGAAAUAGAAUGCCUCUCUGAUGGAAUCUGGAAUAUAACCGACAAUCAAUGCUCAACCGAUGUGACAAAUGUUGCUAUUGGGGGGAGGACAUACAUGUCUAGCGUUUACCACGGCUACAAUGGGUCAAUGGGUGUAGACGGCAAUUCAAAUCAAUUAUGGUCAGGUCGCUCCUGCUUUCAUACAAAUAGUGACCUUCAUUCGUGGUGGCGGGUAGAUCUUGGAAAGAUUUAUCGCUGCUUUAGAGUAGUGUUGUACAACCGCUUGGAUAAUCGCCUAGGGGAACGAGCUUCAGAUUUGGAUUUGAUGUUUGGGACGACGGAGGACAAUAUGUACAUUGUGAGGCAAGUCGAUGGUCAGAUUGAGGACAUCCAUACGUUUAACUUCCCUGAAAGUAAAGAAGCACGAUAUGUUCAAGUGAUGCUUAGAAGACAACAGUACCUACAUCUUUGUGAAGUACAAGUAUUUGGUUUUGCAA